CAGCAUGGCCAACCAGCUCCAUUGUUACCAGUCAUGGAUCGGGUUCACUCUGGCCGAAAAUGUCUUGUCCUGGAUCUCGAUGAGACGCUGUUACAUUCCAGCUUCAAGAUGCUCCCCAACGCAGACUACAUCGUUCCGGUGGAGAUUGAAGGUCAAACACAUAACGUCUAUGUCAUCAAGCGUCCGGGCGUGGACAACUUUCUCAAGGAGAUGGGCAGACUAUAUGAAGUUGUCAUUUUCACCGCCUCCUUAUCCAAAUACGCCGAUCCAGUUCUCGACAUGCUCGACGUGAACCGUGUCGUCAGGCAUCGUUUAUUCCGAGAAAGCUGCUACAAUCACAAGGGCAACUAUGUCAAGGACCUGUCACAACUCGGACGUGACAUACAUGAGACCAUCAUCAUCGACAACUCCCCUGCUUCCUACAUCUUCCAUCCCAACAACGCCGUCCCCGUAUCCACAUGGUUCAAUGAUCCUCACGACACUGAAUUGACGGAUCUGUGUCCUUUCCUCACUGAUCUGUCAACCGUCACGGACAUUCGGGGAGUCUUGGACGGCUCGAUCUAA